UAGAAUCAAAGAUGGCGGCUGCAAGGUUGGAAUACGAAGCAGUCGAUGCUUCUUCGAAUGUGCAGCCCCUUGUUGUCAAUUUCACCAAUGGAAACUUAAAGCAAAGCAGUGGGAGUAAAAGGAUACGGUUCGGUUGUUAUCAGUGGGCAGAUAGAGGAGAUAAAAGAAAAAAACGGAGGAAAACUUUGAUUGCAGAAACAAAUGGUAUGGAAUACAUUGGUCACAACUUUGGGCAGUUUUCAAGAUCAAAUAGUCUUUGCAAGUAUGUUCUUGGUAUUUACAAUGAGAGAACAGAAGUAAUGAAGAUUUAUGAUACUGAGAUGGUCACACUUCAACCAAAAGUCUUGGCUAAAUACAAAGCCUCCCUAGCUUGA